AAAUUUUCCCGGUACGUGAGUUUUGGGGGAGGAGAUGGUGUACGGUACUUGCUCAAACUGCGCCACCUAUACUAGUUUUCUUUUCAACGAGACACAGCCCACAAUUCUAACUCUUCCAGUUAGUCUACGGAGAAAUUUGCAGAGCCGCGUCUUCAGCUGUGGGAACUUUUACACUUUGUUUUUAAGAAAUCGGGAUCCCAGUUUCGCAAUAAUCGCUGUCGGCUGCUUGACCUUUUUUUAAAAAAAAUCUCCUCAGUUAAAAAUGAAGGGAUCGAAUUGGUGUUUUGAAGCGGCGAUCGAUUGGGUCUUCUUACAGUUCUUACCAUUUUGAAGUGUUGAGAUUACAAAUGUUGAGGGCUAUCGACUUUGUUAACUGGGUGCAUCAACUACAUUGGAAUAUUAAAGAAUUUAUUGGCACAAAGAACAGCUGUAAUGGAAGAUAAUGUAAAAUUUCACAAAGUAUAAUUUGUGACAAAUCGGUUUUACCAAUUUUGCGUUGAGAUUGGAUCAAAUAUUGAGCAUCAGCUUUUAUCCGCAUAAAGAAUUGAGUCUUUUUUUUGGAUUAUAUUUGAAGACUAAAACCUGAUCAUUGAGGCUUUUAAGUUUCAGAAUUCCAGCAUACCUGUGCUCCUUUCAAAUCUAGAAAAUGCCAAUCCUGAAACAGCUGGUGGCAAGCUCCAAUCAAUCCAAACGGCGCUCUCGCAUAGACUUGACUGCAGACAUGAUCAGUGCUCCUCUUGGUGAUUUCAGGCACACGAUGCAUGUAGGUCGUGGGGGUGAUGUCUUUGGAGACACUUCAUUCCUUUCUAGCAAGUUUGGGGCUGCAGGUGCUACCGCUCCUGCUGAAGCGACACCCAAGCCAGGGCUUCUCUCUCGGAAAUUCAGAAGCAGCAGCAAAAGGUCUCAGUCAGUAACACGUGUUGAUAAGCGAGACACAUUGACACAGAGUGAUUCAGCAAUAUUUGUGAAAAAUGCAGUGUCUCUGCCUCAACUCAAUGAUAAGACUGUGGAGCCAACUAAUCAGAUGGCAAAGAGCCUUUCAUCAAGUCCGAUAAAAAAGCUUGCAAAUGAACAAAUGGAAGAUGUACCUGUCAAUGGGGCUGCCAGCACUGUUGCAAGUAAAUGUACAGAAUAUCAAGAUGAGCGAGAUUUUGGAGAUAUUACCGAUCUUCCUACUUCACUUUCCAGUGGUGGCUUUCCACUAAAGCAUGCUGAAUCCAUCAUGUCCUUUCAUGUCGAUCUUGGUCCUUCAAUGCUUGGUGAAAUUUUAAGUGUUAUGGAAAAAGAUACAUGGGAAAAUGAUGCUGAUCUUGGUAUUGGCGAUGACAAACAAGGACGGUUUUCUAAUUCACAAAUUGUGGCCAAGGAGAAGCUUGUAGAGGAACCUGCAGUAUCAACAAUGGCCUUGCAAAAUAACAUUAAUAGUGUUGUGUACAGCACGGCAUCUGGGAGCCACUUAUCACAAGAUAGUGGCUCCUUGUCAAGUUUGGCAUCUGGCACUACAGAAGAGAGGCGGUCAGUUUAUGAGGGAGUUAGUCAUGGAGAUGUAGACAGUAUGAAAAAUACAGCUGAAUCCAGAGAUACCUUCAAAGAGGAAUCUAUGAAUGAAGGAGAUGAGGAUUUUACCUUCAUGGAUGAAGAGGAUGAAAUCCGUGUGUAGAAUUGGCCUAUUUGGAUUGGCAUAUUUGCUUUUUUAUUAAGGAUUUGGAGAACAAGAUGACUUUAUCUGUCCUAGAAUUUACAGCAUUAAUGAAUUAUGGCAGGAUUGCACUAAACUCUUACACCACAGACUCAAAAUAUAUUCUGUAAUAAAGGCUGUAACCAAAAUUCUUUAAUCCACAGAGGCCAGCAACACCUGCAACUCCUCAUGGCGGCUCACUGCUUAUGUGUUAUUCAACCAGAAUUAACCAUAUAUUACGCACAUUCCUAAACGGUGCAAGUGCUAUGUUUGUGCUACCUUUUUAUACAAAAAGUAUGCGCUCGUACUAAUCUCAUUUUAAUAUCUGACAAUUCACUGUGUGACCCAAAGGACACUCCUUAGAAAAAUGGCUUGUUUGCUUCCUGUAUCACUACUCGGCCUUAUUUGGAAUCUCUGGUUUAAGGUGCUCCAUUCCUUCGGUCACCUUCCUUUCUCCUCUUCUAUCCUCCCUGGGUUGCUACUGUUUGGGAUUUUGAUUUGGAAAAUUUCAAAUAUAAUUUUUCUGUGUGAUUCAUGUAGUUGCUGUGAUGCAUUCAACCUUUACCUGAGUGAGCUGGGUUUCACCAACUAUUCAGGUGCUAACUUAUUUUCUCUCAAGAAUAGCAUUUAAUUUUUACUUCACCCUUUCUGUAACAUUCUGCAAGGAAGUGUGGAAUAUCUGAACUUGUUAAUAUUGCGCUAACCCUGAACAUUAAAAUAAACUGUACAUUGCUCACUGUGAAACACUAAUACACAUUAUGCUUCCUAAAUGUUCCAUCAUGUAUUUAAAUGAAAUGUCAUAUGACCAUCGCACAGUGGUCUUUGAUACGUAAUCCAGAAUUGAUGUGUUUCUGUCUGUCACUGAAAUCUCUCAUCCGUAGUUAUCACCUGUUAAUCCACUUUCACUUCAUUUAAUUAGGGGCUGAUUUUGAAUUGACAUCAAUAUAGCACACGUGACAAUUUACAGGGAUAAGCAUUACUGCAAAUCCAACAAGUGUUAUCUCCCUAAAUUACCAGAGGAAUUAUACUUCAAAAGUAUUUAGUUGGCUGCAGAGCAGUUAGGGGCAUUUUGAAGUCAUGGAAAGUGCUACCUGAAUUAAAGUUCAUGACAGUGGGACCCAGAAUCUGUUGCAUUUUCCAACUACAUUUUUAAACUAUGCCAUCUUUCUAAGCUUUAACUGAUUUUUUUCCAUUACAAAUUUUUGUUACAAUUCUACAGUUGCCAUCUUGUCCCCUUUAACACCACCCACCACCACCACCCCCCCCCCCCCCCCACCCCCGCAAGGGAAAUUACUUUUUCAGGCCACAUUGCAUAUAUUUCAUAUGUAAGUAUUCCGUUGGCAUAGUAUAUUUGAAGGAAGGGUGCAGUCUAGUCUCAAGUCACAGAACAGCCAAGCAGCUGACUCUGAAACUUAACAUCUGAGAUUUAGAGAGAGAGAGAGAGAGAGAAUUUGUAACCCCUUUUGCUGAGUCACACAUUUCCAUUAAGGCUUUAACUUGUCUUUCCAAGACAACUGUGCCAGUUAGGAUUGUAUAGGCAUGCCUGCUACUUGCCUCAGCUCAGUAUCCCAUAAAACAAAAGUAUCCUGCUUAAAAGAUUUUUAUGAAGGGUGCUUGUAUUGCUCCAUAUAAGCACAAAUUAAAAUCAUGCUGCUUGGGAAACAUUGAAAAUUAAACAAUGCCUUGAUUUAUUGUGCAUUCUUAAUUGCAUGAUGAAUCUUUUCUUUCAGCAUUUGAUUCUGACGCUGUAACAUAGAAAUAAUUCUUGGUUACAUUAUUUUGACUUUCCAGUUUUAACAUUAAAAGUUAAAGGUCCAAUGUGCAACAGAUAAUUAAGAAUGCACCCAUUGCAUUACAUCUGUAAAUCCAUGUUUUGGAAUGGAAACCACAGAUGCAAAAUUGUAGUGACAGUAGUAACAUAAUUCUGUAAUGCAAAAGUAAAGCAGGUUUUCUCCUAAGGCCCUUUUAUUCAACUGACUGUCAGCUUAAAAUACUUAAAACAACCCUUCUGCAGAAAAGGAAACUACAUAUGAAUGAUUUCAAAUUGUCCCAUUCCAAUAAACUAGUUACAUUUUGCACCAACACCUUUAUGAGCACACUGGAGCUUUUCUUUUGCCCCUUCGUCUCCUCAGAGCGAAAGCAUUUGAAAAUUGGAAGGCAACACUUCACAUUUUGAAACAUCCAGUCAUCUCAUUAAACAUGUACAAACUUGGGCCUAUGAUGCAUAAUUGAGCUUCCACUGGCACAGUGCAGCACUGCACCUCAAGCAACUUAACCAGCAAUGUCCACAGCAUCUGCUGGAAACUGCUUACGAAAAGAUUAUGUUGCUUUUAACAAUUUUGUGCCUUUAUUAGAAAUGUGUUAAUGCUUCUGGCCUACAAUCAGUCCACUUAAUCCUGCUGCGUGUACUUUGUUAGCACCACCAUUCCCCUUUAUUAUGUGUCUCACUGGUACAGCUCCUUGUGCCAAUUGCUGGAAAUGGUUUAGCCCAGUUACCUGGUAACGAAUUACCAAGAAGGCAACCCAAUUGUAAUGCACAACUUUUAUCUAUUUUCCAUCUAGAAUGCAACUUGGCAUUUUUGAAUUAGUUGAAUAAUAAGCCACUAAAUUGCUAAGUUAAAUGCAAUGCACUAUUGAGGAGCAAUGUAGUGUUCAUGAAGGAGCAUAUUGUGGAAUUACACCAAUUUUAUUUUGAUAGAUGACAUCCUGUUUCCUAACCAUAUUUAUGGUGGAUGAUUUAGCCUCAUCCACCAUAGACAGUGCUAGUAAUUAAACUUUCUUUUUGUUGAUGCAAAGUUGAAGUUCUCGCUUCAGUGUACAAUUAAAUGUUUUGAUAUCCUUGAGUGAUUUCAAUCUUCUAUUGCCUUUUUUCCUAAUUUUCUAGAGCAGUAUUUUUUUAAAAAAGCACCCCAGAGUUGAAUACUUUUCAAAAGGUAAGAAUCAGUAGUGCCUUGUGAUAUUAAGUUUUCUUUUGCAAUCUUUCAUAUUACAGAUCAAUACAGUAUGGAUAAAGAACAGAAUUUUCUUUGAUCCAUUUUUAAAAUUGGACAAAGAAUUGCAUUUUUCAGGAAUGUCUUCCUGUUGCUGAUGUUGCACAAUGUGUUGCUUUAUAGCCUAAAUUUUUUUGUUUGGAAAAUUUAAGCUAUUAUGUGGUGAUUGGUCAUGGUUCCUACCAUGAAUGCUGGAAUAUGAGGCAAGUUGCCAUAAAACACUCUCUCUCUUUUGUGCAGGACAGUAUUUUUCUUCAACAUUGUAAUCAUGUAUAUUUUCGUGCCACUUAAAUGUUUUGUGUUAUUGUGAAAUAUUGGUCUAGUCUAAGAGUUUUUAUCAUCAGCAUGUUGAACAUUGCUCAUUUCAAGAUGACAGCUGUGCACAGAGUCCAGUGCACUGCAUUAUGGCAUGCUCAAUAGGAAAUGUGAAAGCUAAUACUUCCUUCAUUUUGGCAAGUUGUUCACAUGUUGGUGUAAGUGUUUUCUAGACAAGACUUGAGGUGAGAUUAGAGGAUGUUAUUGUAUGUUUUGUAUGUAAUAUAGCUUCAACACUAAAUUAAUUCCCAUGUGUUUUAUCAAGAGAAAUCAUUGUAAAUAAGUUUCUAUCCCAUGAUGUAAGCUGCAGAACAUAUUAAGUGAAGUAUUUUUUUUAAAUAAAGCCUUCAAAAUUGGCUAGCUGAAUGGAGGUAGGUUAGUUGAAAGAAACUUACCAGGGCAUCCCAGCAGAAAAUUGCAACAAAAUAUUUUCCUUCAUCUUGUAUAGAACUAUCUCUGACCUAACUUCAGUUGAUGGCCAUUGUUUAAAUCGUAAAGAGAAAACCUGCAAAAGGUGAAGGUUUGAAAUGAAAUGUCAGAAACAUUGAGCAAAUUGAUAUCUUUGGGUAAUGAUGUAAUGUAGUGCAUGGUCAAAGGACAUUUGGACCCUUGUUUCAUUUCAUUUGUGUUCUUUCGCACUAACUGCAGUACUUGUUGGAACAGUUGCUGCUGAUGCAGAAAACCACUGAACACAGGAAAGGUGUUUUUCUGUAAAUUGAACUGACGUGGAUAAUCUGGAGGUGGGAGAAUUGAGCAGAAUUUUAAAUAUUCAAAAAACAAAUUAAAAAUUCCCUGUUUAAAAUAAUCCUUGAAUGUAAUGCGCAAAGAAAUAAAUUGAAACUUACCACUGAAGUGAUUUUGUUUGCACAUGACCUAUUUUGCUCGGAAUCUUUCAAUAAAUCCAAUUGUGCCAAAUAUUUAAAGAACUUGUGUUGCUAAAAUAUACUCCAGCUGUGAAGUGCUCUCUUCUCUGCUUUUCCUAAACACAUUUAACCACAGAGGUACUACAUUUUGUGUAUAGGUAUUGGGUUCACUUUUUUUAUUGCGUAAUUUCUUGAUGAAAAGAAUGAAAUAAACUGACAAGUCUUACUUUAAUGGUUUUAUUUUUGAAUUUAUAAGUACUAAAACCUAUUUGGUACUAUCACUGAUUUCACUGACAACCUAUUAUUUUAAAAUGCUUUGUCAUAUCAGUAGUAAACAAUAAACUAUUAUAGUUUUUGGUGGGGUUAAUUAAUAAACUGUAU